UCAGCGCAUCAUGCAGCAGCAACGUACCACAAAGCUGCAACUGAUACUGUAACAAGAGGAAACGCAGGGAUUUUAUUUAGAAAUAAGAAAAUCAUUAGUAUUUAAAAUAUUUGUUACACGUCUUGCAGCGUUGCUAACUUCACAAUCGGGUGGACCCUGUCUUCGGAUAUUGACAAUGUUAUCUGGACAGUAAAUGUGACAGUCUAGGAAGGGGUCGCAAAUUCAAAGGGACAGGAUAGCAUCCUACGAAGAAAGACUAAAUCGAGUGAUCAUUCUAAAUUUCGUUAAUUCGAAGGAUAUUUCCAUGUUUUUCUUUCUUUCUGGGUACCAGUACGUGGAAUCUUUUUGGAGCUUUGCAUCAUGUCUGUAAGAGGAUUCUGACAUGUGUUGUCAGGUCUGGGAAAUACCUUCACAAAGAAGUAAAGCAUCCUAUUUGCAGGAACACUUCAAACUGUGAUAUUGAUCCCAUUUAAUGCGUGAUGUACUUCGAAUGAAAAACUGAGAAUGGAAAUUAUUUGGGAAAUACUUUUUAUUCUGCAAGCCAAUUUCAUUGUCUGCAUAUCAGCUCAGCAAAAUUCACCAAAAUUCAAUGAAGGCUGGUGGGCUUACAAAGAGGUUGUCCAAGGGAGCUUUGUUCCAGUUCCCUCUUUCUGGGGGCUAGUAAACUCAGCCUGGAAUCUGUGUUCAGUUGGAAAGAGACAAUCACCAGCUAACAUUGAAACCAGCCAUAUGAUUUUUGACCCCUUCCUGACUCCACUUCGUAUAAACACAGGGGGAAGAAAGGUCAGUGGAACAAUGUACAACACAGGCCGCCACGUUUCCCUUCGUCUGGAUAAGGAACAUUUGGUAAACAUCUCAGGAGGACCCCUGACAUACAGUCACCGGUUGGAAGAGAUUCGAUUACACUUUGGUAGUGAAGAUGGCCAGGGGUCAGAGCAUCUACUAAAUGGACAAGCCUUCUCUGGGGAGGUGCAGCUUAUUCACUAUAACCAUGAAUUAUACAUAAAUGUCACAGAAGCCGCAAAGAGUCCAAAUGGAUUGGUGAUAGUUUCCAUAUUUAUGAAAGUAUCUGAGUCAUCAAAUCCAUUUCUAAAUCGAAUGCUAAACAGAGAUACCAUAACGAGAAUAACAUACAAAAAUGAUGCAUAUUUACUACAAGGACUAAAUAUAGAAGAACUGUAUCCAGAAACAUCUAGUUUUAUUACCUAUGAUGGGUCGAUGACGAUUCCACCUUGCUUCGAAACCGCAACCUGGAUCCUAAUGAACAAGCCAGUCUAUAUAACAAGGAUGCAGAUGCAUUCUUUAAGACUUCUAAGUCAAAAUCAGCCAUCACAGAUAUUUCUCAGCAUGAGUGAUAACUUCAGACCAGCCCAGCCUCUCAACAACCGUUGCAUUCGCACCAACAUCAACUUCAGUGUGCAAGGAAAAGACUGUCCCAAUAACAGAGCACAGAAGCUGCAAUACCGAGUGAAUGAAUGGCUCCUAAAAUAAGGACAUCACAGGGAGCUUUAAAACAUACUUCUGCAGCUUUACAAAAUCAGGACUGCAUCUUCACCUUUCUAAUGGGAUUCGACUUCAUGUAUUGUUAAGAGAGAGAACCAAUUCCCUAUUGUAAGAACUUUUAAAUAGAAACUCCUCAUACUUAUUAAACUUUUGAUACCUAACAUUCUGGGGGGCAAACUAAUGGAGCAUUUAUUUCAUUGCCUCAUCAUUAAUGAAAAAAAUACUUCUACUCCUUUGUACAUAUGGACACCUUGCUUUACAAAAUAACGUUACUGGAUGUGUGUUCUUGGUGCCAAUCGGUGCUUUGAAAGCAAAUUGCUAUAUUCUCCUCAUUGGACAAAAAAGGGCAUGCAGGCCUAGAUGAAAAAGGAAUUAUCAUACAUCCAUUUCAGAAAAAAAGGUAAAAGUUGAACAUGAAUGUUUGGCCUUGUAAAUAUUGUUAGUACUGCUGAAAAUGAAAGCAAUUGAGUAUGCUCUGCUUGAGUUCGGGAGAUAUUUGAGCUGAUGCCUUUCUUCUGUUUUAUUGUUUACAAUGGUCAUACACUGUGUUUGGUUAAUGUUAACUGCCCAAUAAAUGUGUUUUGAAAGUUAAUUUAGUAUGUAUGUUUGACUACCUCUUUCUUGAACUGUAUGCCACUAUAAUGU